CCUCAAACUUUUCCGCUCUUUGGAGUUCAGCAGCAGAGGGACACGAUGGAUCCGAACACUUCACCACCGUGCCCCGGCACAAUCACCGUUCGUCGGAACCCUCCUCGGAGAGCUCGCGCCACUCCCAAUCCCAAAGCGACACCGCAAAGCUUCGUCUUACCCGAAAUCCGGCCAUUUCCCAACGACGACGUUUCGUCCGCAGUCGCACAGACACUAGAAAUCCCGCCAACGACUCUCCCCAAACCGGAGAACGAAAACCUAAAGGUUUUCCUCAGAAUCCGACCCCUCCCAUCGUCGCCAAUUCAAGCUCCGCGCGUGAGAGCCAAGAGCGCGUGGCCUCAGAACCCCGCCAAAAAGAACGCUCCCGCGGCGGGGGCUAGAAUUUCGAAGAACAAGACCUCCACCGCCUGCAUAACGGUCAAUGACUCACAGUCGGUGACGCUAUCAACUCCCUCGAGCUUUCAGGAUUCGAAGCGAAUCAAAUCAGAGACUUAUGGAGGCUUCUCGCACGUUUUCUCUUCCGACUCAUCUCAGUUUCAAGUGUAUGAGAGAAUGGUGAAACCUUUGGUGGAGGAGUUUCUUAGUGGUAGAAGUGGAAUGCUGGCUGCACUGGGCCCAAGUGGAUCCGGGAAGACUCACACCGUGUUUGGCAGCCCCAGGGAUCCUGGAAUGGUACCUCUUGCCCUACGCCAUAUUUUCAAGGACACUGGGCCACAUGCCACUCAAGCAUCUAGAACCUUUUACAUGUCGAUAUUUGAGAUAUGUUCUGAACGGGGUAAAGCAGAGAAACUGUUUGAUUUGUUAUCUGAUGGCGGUGAAAUAAGCAUGCAGCAAUCGACCGUGAAGGGAUUGAAAGAGGCUCUCAUCUCUAAUGCUGAACAAGCAGAAUCCUUGAUAGCACAAGCAGUGCUUAAACGUGCGACUGCAAUGACAAACACUAACAGUCAGUCGAGUCGGUCACAGUGCAUCAUUAACAUUCGUGAUGAUCCCCCAAAAUGUAAAGGGUUGGUCAAUCCGAAGUCAAAUGGUGCUGUUUUGACUAUCAUUGACCUUGCUGGAGCUGAAAGAGAAAAAAGAACUGGGAAUCAGGGGGCAAGAUUGCUUGAAAGCAAUUUUAUCAACAACACAUUAAUGGUGUUUGGCCUAUGCCUAAGAUCAUUAUUGGAGCACCAAAAAAAUCGCAAGAAGCCGUUGCAGAAGCACUUCCAAAGCUCUAUGUUAACCAGGUACCUGCGAGAUUAUUUGGAGGGCAAGAAGCGCAUGUCCUUGAUUUUAACAGCAAAGUCAGGAGAAGAAGAUUAUCUUGAUACUUCUUAUUUACUGAGACAAGCUUCUCCUUACAUGCAGAUCAAGUACAAUGAAGUUGAACCACCGAACAUAGUUUCCAAAAAAAGGCAUUACCAAUCUUCAUCCAUAAUGGAUAAUACAAAACUAUCACCUUUAUCGGAACAUCUAAAGAGACUGAGGCUUGUAAGUGAACAUGUUGAACAGAAUGAUGAAAAACAUGUUGAAGAAAGGAAGACUUUUACGGAAGAUGCUGAAACACGUUGUAAAUUAGAUGCUAGUAGUUCAGUCUCUUUCAAGCCAGAGUGUGAUAGCCAUACCCGGAGUGAGAGAAGCCACAUUAUUAUGCAGAAUUUUGCUAAAGUUAUAUGGUGUGUUUUGAAGCAAUAUAAUUCUAAACUGAAGGUUGCAGAAAUAGAAAUAGAAAGUCUCAAAGAAAGCAUUGGGUAUGAAAAGAAAAAAUACUUGGAGUUGGAAACACAGUUAAACGAGUUUAAGGCAUGUUGUACUUGCUGCAAAGGAGUAAAAAUAAAGAAUGGUCCUGAAGAAUGUUCAUCAGUGGGUCUUGACCAACCACAUAAUUGGGACCAACAGGAAACGUUUCAUGCACAGUCAUCAUCUGAGCCCAGAGUUGACCAGUCAGAUAUAGAGGAGCCCGUGCUUGGUACUUCCUGUACGCAGUUAGAUUCUGAAAACUUAGAUAGGGAAGUUUUGUCCUCGUCAAAAACAGAGCAUCAUAGUGCUUUGGAGGUUGAUGCUGAGAUACCGAAUGAAACAUUUCAUGCACAGUCAUUAUCUGAGCCCAGAGUUAACCAGUCAGAUGAAGAGGAGCCCGUGCUUGGUACUUCUUGUACGCAGUUAGAUUCUGAAAACUCAGAUAGGGAAGUUUUGUCAUUGUCAAAACCAGAGCAUCAUAGUGUUUCGGAGGUUGACGCUGGGAGCAAGAUACUGAAUGAAUCAAUUCAUGCAAAAUCAUCAUCUGAGCCUAAACUUGACCCGUCUGUUGAAGAGCCUACUCUUGGUACUUCCUGUACACAGUUGGAUUCUGAAAAAUCAGAUAGGGAAAUUUCAACCUCCUUGUCAAAAGCAGGGGAUCAUCAUGCUUUGGAGGUUGAGGCCGUGAGCAAGAUACCUAGUGAAAUGUUUCAUACACAGUCAUCAUCUGAGCCUAGACCUGACCAGUCAGAUGAAGAGUCUAUGCCUGGUAUUUCCGGUACACAGGUAGAUUCUGAAAAAUCAGACAGGAAAAUUUUGGUGUCCUCGUCAAAACAAAGACAUAAUGCUUUGGAGGUUGAGGCCGAGACCAAGAUACCAAGUGUGAGUUGAAUUUCCCUUUUUUAGCACACACGUUUUUGUCACUUUUUUUAAUUGAUAUUCAGAAGCUCUUUGGGAUAAUUUAAGAUUAAAAGAUAAUGUAUUAUUCAUAAAUUUGAAGGAUUAGAAAUGCGCAAGUUCAUCUUAACCUUGUGCUGCUUGAAUUUAACAAGGAUCAAACACCAAUUUAGUUUGUCACAAAGGUUUAGUUAUCAUGUUGAUAACUACCAAACCUAGAAGUUUAAAUUGCUAAUUAAUGUUCAUGAUUGUUUUUACAUAUUUUAUCUUGGGGGAUGUUUAAAUAUUGAUGUUUCAAUUAUGGCUUAAAUGCUGACUUUUUGGGCGAAUAAAACACCAAGUUAGUCCUUCAAAUUAUAUAUAUCGAUCAAUUUAGUGUCAGAAAAUUGUAAAAAAAAAAUCCAUCUUUGUUCCUUGUUAUCAACC